GCGAGGUCGGCUGCACGUGGCUGGGCACGUGUGUAGUCAGCUGAUCGGUCACCUGACAGCGGGGCUGGGCCCCGGAGCCUGUGAAUAAACGGCCCGGCCUAAGAUAGCCCCCAGUCCUGGGCGGAGAGAGUCACCGGAGGGCGGGUUGUCACACGCAGCGGGGUUCUCUGCGACAGCACCAGCCCGCCCCCACAUCCUAAACCGAGAUGCGGUCCAACAAGGUCCAGCCUGAGGCCGCGGUCAUGCAGUUCACCAACUGCCGCAUUCUGCGUGAGGGAAAGCUCCUCAGCUCUGCACUUUCAGGGAGGACCUAUGGGUUCGAGGAGGACGAAUCCUGGAUCCACAGAAGCUUUUCUUUGAUGAGAAGAGAGCAGCUGAUGAGCAGAGGGACUGUGGGGGCCAUAUCCUAGCUCCAGGCUUCAUUGAUGUUCAGAUAAAUGGUAGGAGAAGGUGGAUUUGGGGUGGACUUCUCCCUGCCCAAUGAAGAUAUAGCUUCAGGGGUUGCUUUGGUUGCCAAGAAGCUCCUAUCUCAUGGGGUUACAGCAUUCUGUCCAACCAUGGUCACCUCACCAUCUGAUGUUUAUCACAAGCCCCACCAGCCAUGCAGUUCUUCUCCUGGGAGAAGGGAGAAACUGCGAAAUGUAUAAGGUCCUUCCUAAUAUUGCUGUGAAGCGUGGUGGCCCUGAAGGAGCUGGGAUCCUUGGGGUACAUUUAGAAGGACCAUAUAUCAGCCGUGAGAAACGGGGGGCACAUCCUGAGUCCCAAAUUCGCACCUUUGAGACUGGUGCAUUCCAGGAUUUGUUGGCUACUUAUGGAUCCCUGGAUAAUGUUUGCAUAAUAACUCUGGCUCCUGAACUUAGCCGAAGUGGUGAAAUCAUCCAGGAGCUAACUUCUCGUGGCAUCUGUGUGUCUGUAGGUCACUCCAUGGCCAGCUUAGAAGAGGCCGAAAAAGCCGUCCAGAAUGGAGCCAGUUUUAUCACCCACCUCUUCAAUGCUAUGCUUCCUUUUCAUCAUCGAGAUCCUGGCAUUGUGGGUCUUCUGACUAGUGACAAGAUCCCAGAUGAAAAGCAGGUUUUCUUUGGAAUGAUUGCAGAUGGGAUCCACACAAACCCUGCAGCCCUAAGGAUUGCCCACAAGGUCCAUCCCAAAGGCCUUGUUCUGGUUACUGAUGCUCUUCCUGCCCUUGGCUUAGGCAAUGGUCAGCACACUUUGGGUCAGCAAGUUGUUGAGAUAAAGGGACUGAAAUGCUACGUGGCCGGCACCACGACACUUUGUGGCAGUGUGGCCCCAAUGGAUGUUUGUGUUCGGCACUUUUUCCAUGCCACAGACUGCAAGAUGGAGAUGGCACUCGAGGCUGCAUCCCUACACCCAGCCCAGCUGCUAGGGAUAGAAAAACAAAAGGGGACAUUGAACUUUGGCUCAGAUGCAGAUUUCGUGGUCCUCGAUGACUCUCUGAAUGUUAAGGCCACUUAUAUUUCGGGGGACUUGGUGUGGCAGGACAGUGAUUUCAGUCAUUGAUGAGAUGGAUCCAGGAGAAGACCCUGAUUCCCCUCCAGGGCAGCAGGGGCAGAGGCCCUGCCCCAGCCCUCAGCUAGAUGCUAUAUCUGCAUUGAGUUCAGCGGCUUCCUUGGGGUCUUGGACAUCUGAGGGGACAGAAGUUCCUGGCCUUUCUAGACCCUGCACUUGAAGGAAUAUUGAACCUAAGCUUUGGACUUGAACAUGGACUCACAAGAGAGCCUCCUCUGUAGUGUCCUUUUCCCCAAAAUAAAAAGCUACUCCUUAUCCUGCUUCUCCAUGAUGAACCAUGAUGAGUAUUGAUUGGGGCCUUUGAUGAUCAGGCCUUGUUCCUGUUUAAUCAAUAACACUGAUGAAUAUGUAUCCUGAA